UCCAAUGUUGAUAAGAGUAAUAAAUACUUGACAAAGCUCCCUUUAAGGUACAUUUUGAACAAAUACAAAUUGUGUGAUUAAUUUGCGAUUAAUCGUGAUUAACUAUGGACAAUCAUGCGAUUAAACACGAUUAAAUAGUUUAAUCGAUUCACAGCCAUUUAAACACUCACUACCUCCAGGCAGCUUAAAGUCAACAGUAUACAGUUCACAAAAUUCAACAAAUCAAAAUGUCUUUAAUUAGCUGCAUAAUGUAUGUCCUGUAGCCUGAAUGAGUCACCACCCAAGACAAAUAUUUUCCCUAAUGUAAAAAAGCAUUAUAAUGUGGGAUCAGGCAGUGCUAAAAGUGAAACAAAAGUCAUGAGAGAUUCAUAAGAUAUAAUUUUAUGUUAAUGACGCAUAAUAAUUACGGUAAAGGUUUAAAAAUUAGAAUUACUCAUUAGUUUCACUUCUCACACCCUUUAGAUGCACAUUGAGGGUGUGAACAGAUUUUGGCUCACAUGAGUCCAUAAAGAAAUCAAAAAAGUGUGAUCAAGCUGCCACAUGUCUUGUGGGCACACAAGACUUACGGUAGUAGAUCGUCACACACAAUGAAAACCAGUUAAGCAGCACUGACAGCAGGUUUUAUUUCAAUGCGUUGUUCAGCGUAAUCAGGCAGCUCAAACGCACUCCUGUUUGCAACUCGAGAAAGAACGGGUGUCUGGUAUGAGGAGAGCAUUAAGCUGUUUGCUGGAGUGACCCUGCUCAGAUGUAACUGUCUGGCAUCAUCUUUUGGAGACAAUAAAGAGAGGCCCUUCUGAAGACUGGGGAGCAUAUAAGUAAUGAAGACCUGCAGAUUAAAAACUAUGAUGAAUGGACACAUCAGGACACAAAACCUCCGGUACUAAGUGAAGCUUUUUUUUUCUUCUCCUCUUUCUACAUCUGCUUCUAUGCCAGUAUGUCACUAUCAGACUGCAAACAUGGGAGCGACACCCAAACGGAGCACGCUCGCAGCCUCCACAGCUUGCCCAUGGCUGAGAACUAUGGGAAAAGGCUCGUCAGGACAUUGUUUGACUUCAGGCACACAAACGUGACUGAAAACCUGGCUGUCAAGUGGACGUUGACACUGGCCAACAUGUGGAGCUUCUCAAAAGUCAAAGUGGUUAGUUUCCUGAUGGCCUUUACGCUGGUGUUCCUCAUCAUGGUUUCCUACAACCUGAUGUCGGACAGGAUAGGACUUUUGCUCACGCCAGCGCCCUAUCAGCCCAGGCCUGCAUUCGUCCCAACCAGCACAGCAGCAGCAGCAGCAGCAGCAGCAGCAGCUGAAGUUCCCUCCGAAAAGAAUUUAUUAGACAUGAAGCUGCUGGUGAAGAUCAUCGGCUCCAAACUGGAAUACAAACCCAGGAAGGUGCCUGACGAGAAGGAUGUCAUUGGAACGGACUCUAAUUUGUUCUCCAUAAUUCCUCGCCAUUUUAUGCCCGGCAUCAAGAGCCCUUGCUGGUAUGAGGAGUUCUCCAAUAAGCUCGGCACUGAUCCGUACAGGAAGAACCUCUUCGGUUCGAGCUUGUAUGACCGCCUGAAGACCGACUUCCAUCGGCACUUAUUACACAGUGACGGCAAACUGUUUCGUCUACGCUGCCUGCCGUUCUUCUACAUCAUCGGCCAGCCGAAGUGUGGCACAACUGACUUGUACCACAGGCUGCGGCUGCAUCCAGAUGUCAGGUCCACCACAAAGGAGCCACACUGGUGGACCAGGAAACGCUUUGGUUAUAUCCGUUUCAAAGAUGGUUUCCAGAAAAAGUAUCCUGUGGAAGAUUACCUGGAUCUGUUUGACUGGGCAGCCCAAAACAUCCAAGAAGGAAUCAGUGGAAAUUCAUCUGGAGACCACCGCCGUGCACUCAUAACAGUUGACGCCAGUGCAUCCACUAUGUGGGACAACCAAGCCUGGAGCUAUCUUCACAGCGACAGGGAGGAGACAGAGCCCCCAUUCCUGGUCCAGGACUUCAUCCACACAAUCCAACCCGAUGCCAAAAUCGUCAUCAUGCUAAGAGAUCCAGUAGAGAGACUUUAUUCAGACUACCUGUACUUCAAGAUGGCCAACAAGUCCGCAGAGGACUUCCAUCAGAAGGUCGUAGAGUCUUUACAGUUGUUUCAGUCCUGCCUGUCUGAGAGGUCACUUCGUUCCUGCGUAUACGGCACCAGCCUCUCCAACGCCAUGCCGGUGAGGCUAACUUUGGGGAUAUACUUUGUCUACUUGCUGGACUGGCUGACAGUUUUCCAAAGGGAGCAGAUCCUAGUUUUUCAACUCAAGGACUACUCGGCCAACCUCAAGGUGUCAAUCAAGAAAGUCUUUGAUUUUCUGACUGUAGGUCCUAUGUCGCAGCAACUGGAGAAAGCAGUGACCAGACAGUCCGAGUCUAACACCCGGCGGAUAGCGGAUAAGAACGUGGGUCCUAUGCUUCCAGCCACCAGAGACCUCCUCACGAAAUUUCAUCAGCCCUUCAACCAUAAACUGGCCAGUGUGUUGGACAAUGAGGCCUUCCUCUGGAAUAACACCUGAAGGGGCAUGAGCCAUGUGGAUGGAUGUGAAUGAACAACCAGAGUAAGAAGCUAAAGCAGGAAUGCCUAUUGACAGGAAUGAACAUACAGUGGGAGAAUUCAUACACAGGUGAAUAGUUGUAUAUGGGGUUAUAUGAAGGUCUGAAUAGGUGUAUGCGGUUUAGUUUGUGAUAUUUAUUUGCUCUUGAAAGAAUGUGAGUGACACGUCGAGUCAAGAUGAUAAUAAUAAAAUAAGCUGAAUUUGUGUUUUAA